UGGAAAAGUAAGGUAAGCCAGUGAAUGUAAACCACCAAACUUCCAAAUACUCCCGACCCGACAGUCCACCACCAAAAGAUACAUCAGCCAUGGCAGCAGCAGCAACAGCUAGAAUAGUAUCCGUCGCCGGAAGUUCCACCGUUGCCUCCUCUUCUUGCUUGCUUCUCAAAGCGCCCUUCGCUUUGAAACACGGCCGUAACGCUCUUAGCUUCAACAACGGCAGACGGUUAUCCAAAAGGUUAUUUUCUUGCAAUGCCAUUUAUAAUCCCCAGGUUCAAAUCAAACAUGAAGGUCAACCCGAAACCCUUGACUACAGAGUCUUCUUCGAAGAUACUUCGGGGAAAAAGAUUUCUCCUUGGCAUGAUAUACCAUUGCACUUGGGAGAUGGUGUUUUUAACUUCAUUGUGGAGAUACCCAAAGAGUCAAGUGCAAAAAUGGAGGUUGCUACUGAUGAGCCAUACACUCCCAUUAAGCAGGAUACUAAGAAGGGCAAACUUCGAUAUUACCCCUAUAAUAUAAACUGGAAUUACGGAUUGCUUCCACAAACAUGGGAAGACCCUUCUUUAGCAAACUCUGAAGUUGAUGGAGCAUUUGGUGAUAAUGACCCUGUUGAUGUUGUUGAGAUUGGUGAAACCCGGAGAAAGAUAGGUGAGAUUCUGAAGGUCAAGCCUUUGGCUGCAUUAGCCAUGAUUGAUGAAGGGGAACUUGACUGGAAAAUAGUUGCUAUCUCAUUAGACGAUCCAAGGGCUUCCCUUGUCAACGAUGUCGAUGAUGUUGAGAAGCAUUUCCCGGGGACACUAACGGCAAUCAGGGAUUGGUUUCGAGACUACAAGAUCCCUGAUGGAAAACCAGCAAACAAGUUUGGUCUUGGCAACAAGGCAGCAAACAAGGAAUAUGCUCUGAAGGUCAUUACAGAGACUAACGAGUCUUGGGCCAAACUUGUCAAAAGAUCAAUUCCUGCUGGAGAGCUUUCACUUGCAUGAGGGCUACCAGGAGCAGUAGGAGAACUGCAAUGGUUUCAAUUUGUAGUUUGUUUGUUUGUGUUUCUUUUUUUUGUUGGGGGGGGGGGGUGUUGGAGAAAUUAGAUAACUCUUUUAAUUGGAAUAGCAUUUCACCAUUCACAUGGUUGGUCUGAAGUGAAUAAAAGAAAAAGGCAUGCGAGUUUUUCAA